AUUUUUGCUCAUGCGUGGUGCCGCCAGUGGGUGCGUCCAAUAAUGACUGGGGGAUCCCUGCGAGUAACAUGACCAAAAAGAAGCGGGAGAAUCUGGGCGUCGCUCUAGAGAUCGAUGGGCUGGAGGAGAAGCUGUCACAGUGUCGGAAAGACCUGGAAGCUGUAAACUCCAGGCUCUGUGGGACGGAGCUGAGCCCAGAGGCCAGGAAGUCUCUGGAGAAGGAGAAAAACAGCCUGAUGAACAAAGCCUCUAACUAUGAGAAGGAGUUAAAGUUGCUUCGGCAGGAGAACCGGAAGAACAUGCUGCUCUCUGUGGCCAUCUUUAUUCUCCUGACCCUCAUCUACACCUACUGGACCAUGUGAGCCUGAGACUUCUCCAGAGUCAGCACGGGGUUCCUCCUUGGCCCCCUGGUCACAACCAAGCAGGCCCUUCAAGCCUCAAGACAACCAAGGUACAGGCGUAUUUCUCCCCGACCCCGACACUGGAUCAGGGCUGCCAGCCCAGCCCCUCUUCACUCCUGGUCCUGCUGUGGGGCCUGGGUCUCCAGAAGGACUUUGUGUUGAUUCCCCUCUCAGCCCAAGGGAGAGGCAAUAAAGAACGGCCAGGCUGCUUCUGUCUGCUGAGUAAAUGUCAUGGUCUGACUGCAGCUGGAGGGCAGUGGGGGUGGCACUCGGGAAUCAAGGAAGAAAAGAUGUUCAAGGGGAAGUGUUCAGCUUAGAACUCAGAAAGGAGAGGGAAGGCAGGGCUGCGAAGGUGAGUCCCCAGCUUAAGUGGGGAAUAAGGAGACAGGAGGAAGCAUGUAAAAGCCAAAACUAUUCUGGGAGCCAUUUCCAGGGCUUAGGCCUUGCACUACC